AUGCAAUGUUUACGUUCGCAAACUUAUACCUCCCUAAGAAAGGACAGAAAUUUCUUAAGAUCUACGCUUAAUGCUCUAGAUUCCUUUAGUGAAGGUACGCUUGUGACAGGAGGAGAUUUUAAUGUCCCUCUGGACCUGAAACUGGACACAUCAUCUGGAACAAUGACGCUCCCGGACUACAUCAUAAGAGGCACCAGAGCCCUUCUACGCGAACAUCAGCUAUCGGACUGCUGGCGCACACUUCAUUGUGUAGAUAAAGAUUACACCUUCUACUCGACAGCGCACAAGUCGUAUUACCGACUAGAUUACUUUCUCAUGCAACAUCGCAACUUGGAUAACCUCAUAUCAGUGCGCAUAGCACCGAUGACGUGGUCGGACCAUGCGCCAGUGACCAUGUCCAUCAGACCUCCGGCCCCUCCCAAAAACAAUGGAUAUGGAGACUAA